AUGCGGCCGUCAUCGCAGCGGCGCCCAAAAUCGGCGGCGGCGGCGGCGGCUGAAGUGCGGCGACGCGUCCGCUCCACCGAUCCCAGGCCGUGGGACAGCUCCAUUCGUACAAAUGGGGGCGGAGCGGGGCGCCGAAGGGCCGCAGCGGUGAAUACGCCGUCGCAAGGGACACCUGUUCGACUCUCGUACUCUACGGCGGUCGCAACUCCCGCCGCCGCGUUGGUGGCCAACGUACCACCAACAAAUGAGCCGCAGGUGGAACUCAUGAGUCAGCUGCAGGACGUCGUCGUCCGCCUCUCACGCUGUGCAGUGGGGGAAAAGCAACGCCUGGCCCACAUGCAACAGCGUCUGGACGCCUAUGCCGCCUUGGUGCGGGAGCAAGACCGCAUGAUUGAUGAACUGCGAGGAAUGAACAUUAGACUGCAGAAGGAAAAGGAUGCACUUAUUUCUUUUCGACAGCAAAGUCUCAAUCAUGAUCUUCAACUCAUGAACCACUUGGAAAACGAUGGGGGAAUCGAUGAGGAGGUGCGGCGGACCUACGCAAAAUUUGAGGGGCGGCAGAGCUCCUAUGAGGCAUGUUGCAACGGUUCACUCAGGGCAAUGACUCCGCGUUCACGUGGGUUUGUGCGUUCCUUGGUGGCUCAGCUGCGUGAUGAGCGGCGCAAGCGCCUAGAGGUGGAGGAGCAGAGUAGUCGUAUGAUUGGGGAACAGCAAGUGACAAUUCAACGACUUGAGGAUCGUCUACGACCUCAGGCUGUGGCACCUCGCAGUAGUUUGGCUGCUCGGAUGGAAAGCCCACAAGCCUCUUCCCAUAAAAAGACGUCAAAUGGAGGAGACGCAUCUAAUACACCUGUGCAGUUUGACUGCACCGAUGCUACAGGUGGGCCCGUAUCAUCGACAACGCUGCGUGUGGUAAAUCAAGAAGGAGUAGCUUCAGAAGUACGGUCGACGGUGCCUGUCGUGCCACCCAUUCCACUCCCAGGCCGCAGUAGAGAGAUUGUUGUCAUCGCAAGCGAUCCUUUGCCAGAUGCAGAAAGUAAGCAGGAGGAGGUUGCCCCAGCUGUCGAGUUUCCUCUAGCAAUUCAUGGUACAAGUUACGAAGACGCUGCCGCCAUUUUGUCUGACAUUCGAAGAAGACACGGAUUGUGA